AUGAGCCUCUUCCCCCAGUCAUCGAUGCGUGCAUUCGCGGUCGACGCUCUCGGCAGCCUGGAAUGGUGUAACAAGCACAAGCACGACUAUCACUACCGCUCUGAUGAGUCACUGCAAGUCACUGCCAAUGCGUGGUCAUUCAUCAACAUCACCACCACCAUCAUCAUCAUUACUAAACAAAUUACCUCGACCGCCAGUCCCCGGCGCGAGACUUUGCACCGGCGUCACCGGAACACUAUACCCAAGCGAGCAAUGGCUGUGAGCGGUGAUUUGUGGAACGGGGACGUCGGAAAGCUUGAAAGGGGAACGAGCAGCGAGCGCAGAUUGGACCUCUCACCGGGAGCCCACCAUCACGGCCUGGCUGCCAUGGCUGCCCUGCUUCCCGAGGCCCCACUGCCGUCAUGCCGCACGAGAUUCUCGAUAUGCACGAUCACAGAUUCCGAGUUCAGCUGGGCGAAACGCAUCACAACAUCCCGGGACGCAGUGUUCGUCCUCGUCACGAAGGUGUUCGCCUUGGCCUGCAUUGACUGGUUCAUUGGCCGGGCCACUGAGAGACAAGAUCGUCCCGCCCGCGUCCUGCAUACAUACGAUGGCUGGACGGACAGUCCCAUUUAG